AUGGCUACCAACAAACGCAGUCCUACACCGGAUCGUCCCUCUCUUGAGGAUCCAGACACAGCCGCAGCACGCAAGGAAUUGAGACAAACAGUAAUAUCUGAGAAACCCGACUUAUCUAUCAUGUCUGCUGCGAAAGUCGACCCCGCGCCCGACGCCGCCACAAGCGGUGAUAAGCCAUCGGGCAAAGAUUCCACGCCAGGUCUCGAGUCUCUCGACGCUCGCAACGAUAGCCUAAAGAACCUAAUAUCAUCACCUAAGAAGAAACGGGCGCGCGACGAGGUAGACGUUCCAAACGACGCCGCUUCGGACGGAAACGGCGAUGUAUCUCCUAUCGCUGCUGAUGCCACCAUCUCUGAACCCGAGAAGAAACGUCCUCGCGACGUCUCAAGCGAAUACAAAGCAAAAGCUGACGCGCUUACCGCCUCUGAUUCCAAAGACAACGGCGAAGCUAAGACAGAUAGCAAGAACGACACACCAAGUACCGAAAAGCAAGCGGUAGCAAAAGACGAUGCCGAUACCGCUGAGAAGAGUAAAGCUACAAACAUAACGUCUAGCUCCGCUUUCAGCAGCUCCGGAAUUGCAGGAUUUGCUUCUCAGGCAUCACCUUUCUUACAAUCUGGCUCGAAAACAUUAUCCUCCUUCGCAAGCCCGUCUGGCUCACAGUCACCAUUCGGCGCCACUGCCUCCACGUCUACAACUUCUAUUUUUGGAAGUUCUAGCUUAUCCAAUGGUGCCUCUCCCUUCGGUCAGGUAGGAGGAGCGUCGAAACCUUUCGGUAGUACCAUCUUUGGUGGAACAUUUAGCGGCAAGCUUGGCGAAUCAAAGCUCACCAGCUUCGGCAAGCCCGGUGAAGCAUUUAAGAGUAAUCAACCGACUAGGCCGUUCGGAGCACCUGUGAGCGAGGAGGAAGAUAAUAACGAAGAAGAGGACGGUAGCUCUGGCGACGAAAACCGGGCUGAUAAGGAGGACAAAGAUGCUUCGGAAGAGAAAACCGCAGCGGAUGAUAAGAAGAAGCCAAAGCUUCAGCGAGUGGUUGUCGACGAUGGUGAAGCUGGUGAGGCUACCAUCCUGCAAGUCCGUGCCAAGAUUUUCCAUCUCGAUAAAGCUAGCUCCUCGUGGAAAGAACGAGGCGCUGGAAACCUGAAGAUCAACGUCCCUAUAGCUUGCGUCGAUAUCGAUGAGGAGUCUGGCGCAGCUAUUCCCGGAUCCUUUGACGCGUCCGGUCUUGACACCGCCGAUUCCAAAGUAGUCCGUCUAAUCAUGCGACAAGACUCUACCCACCGCGUUAUUCUUAAUACCGCGAUAAUUCCGGCCAUGCAUUUCCAGGAGAAGUCUACGGUAAAGGCGACAUAUGUACUCUUCACCGCCAUAGAAGAUGAGGGUGCCGUUAGCAUCCAAGUAAAGAUGAACACGGCAAACGCCAAGAGCUUCCUGAACGAAGUCGGAAAGAUACAGCGUGAACUUCACGCAUCUGGUUCUGGGAACGCCGAAGCAGAGGCUCCCAGUGCUGAUGCUGAAGGACAUAUAUGUGAUGGAGAGAAGAAUAACAAAGAUGUUGAUAAUGAGGCUCCAAUAUCGGAGCAGGAGCUACCGCCAUAUACCGAAUCUGAAGAUGAUUCUAAUCAGUUACCUCAGCCAUCCUCGAAGGAAUCGGAGGCAGGAGGAUUCCGCAAAGAAGUCUCCGACAGCCCCAAUCAAAUAAGCAGGUCUUCAUCUGGAGCUUCGAUUAAGCGUAAGUUGGCAGAGCUUGAUGACCCUUUGACGCGAUCCAAGAAGAUCAGACCCGAUGCAUCUUCUUACUUUGGGGAGCGGUCCCAGACAAUUAUCAAGCGGAAGAGGAAGAGGCAAACUUCCGAAGAAGACAAAGAAGAUGACCACCCAGGGAACUUGGAAGAGACUCUCGAUGAACCUAGUGUUGCGAAAUCGAGGAAGAAUUUAGCAUCUCAGCGCAAGAAGAAGGCUAACGAAGUCGUCGAGUGCCAAAUUGAAUGGCCUCAAUUAUUUAAGGAUUUGGACAAAACACAUAGAGCUCUUAACCUCGUGUUCACUUUCUGCUCCACGCGCAGGCAUCUUGCGACGACUUUUGAUACCAUCCGAUCGGCAGUAGAGUCCAAUACGAAACGAGAAUUAAUAGUUGAGGAUGUCGCAGCUAUCGUGGCACUGCGGCCGGAAGGCAUUAAUUUUACCUACGUGGAUGAGGUGAUGCUGCAUACCGAUAUUAAGGGAGCCGAGAGAGACACCACGUUUAAGACUGGUAGAUCAAGGAACAUCACAGUUCAAGGACCGGCUCCGGAUGCCUCUGUUGGCGGAUUGACCGGUAUGGAAGAGCUUGGGAGUCGCCAUCCCGACGAUUUGCCACCGGGCGGUCAAGAAGUUCUCUACUUUGAGUUUGUUGACGAGGACCUUAAAAGACAAGUUCAAAGCAAGAAGACAGGAGAGCCUAUAAAUCCAAACAGAAGACUUCGCGAUGAUGACCUCAAAAUGCCGGUAUACAGUCAGAAGCAGCUCACAGCUCUAAUCGAAAAACGUAACCAAAAAUUUACCAACGCAGUGAUGAUCCGUCAGGAAGCGGAGGCCUACAUUCCAGUUCCAUCUGUAUCAUCCACUGCUACCCCUAUGCCUGAGCAGAGCACCAUACCUGAGUCGAUACCCAAAGAAAGGAAGAGCAUACCCGAAAUCAUCCAAGAACUUAAAGACAGUCCCUGGUAUACUGGUCAGAUCGUGCCGGAUGGGCAUCGUGUGUUCGACGCUCAGGAGCCUGUGUUCGGGGAGCUCGAUUUCCUAUUAAGCCAAGAUAUGGUGAAUGCGUUGUACAAUGCGAAGGGAAUUACCCAGUUCUAUGCCCACCAAGCCGAAGCGAUCAACAAUCUCCACGCCGGUCGCCAUGUCGUGGUAUCAACAUCGACAAGCUCGGGAAAAUCUCUUAUAUAUCAGCUUCCGGUAUUACACGCGCUUGAACAAGAUCCCAACACCCGAGCUAUAUAUAUCUUUCCGACGAAGGCAUUAGCUCAAGAUCAAAAGAAGAGCCUGAAGGAGAUGCUCGCGUACUUUACGGAGCUGGGAAAUGUCCUCGUCGAGACUUUUGACGGGGAUACUCCGAUGCACGACAGAAAUCAAAUUCGCGACGAGGCCCGAAUCAUAUUCACGAACCCAGAUAUGCUUCAUCUUACAAUACUGCCCCAGGAAGAUAAAUGGCGGACUUUUCUAAAGCAUCUUCGUUAUGUCGUUGUUGACGAACUGCACUACUACAACGGCUUAAUGGGCUCCCAUGUUGCAUUUAUCAUGAGAAGGCUUCGACGCAUAUGUGCUGCCGUCGGGAACCGAAAGGUCAAGUUCAUAUCGUGUUCUGCCACUGUAGCAAAUCCCCAAGAGCACUUUAAAACCAUCUUCGGAAUUGAUGAUGUACAUCUGGUUGAUUUUGACGGAUCGCCGUCUGGGCGGAAGGAAUUUCUAUGUUGGAACACGCCUUAUAAAGAUCCCGGCGAUCCAUCAAGCGGUCGUGGAAAUGCCAUAGCCGAAUGUGCUCGCUUAUUCUGCCAACUUAUAUUACGAGGCGUUCGCGUGAUAGCGUUCUGCCGCGUGAGGAAGCAAUGCGAAGAGUUGGUGAAUGCUGUCAGAUACGAAUUAGAAUCGCUAGGUCGUCCGGAAUGCACGUCUCGCGUGAUGGGUUACCGAGGUGGAUAUACCGCACAAGAUCGUCGACGGAUCGAGAGCGAAAUGUUCGAGGGCAAGCUCAUGGGCAUCGUUGCCACCACUGCUUUGGAACUGGGUGUUGAUAUCGGCACCUUGGACUGCGUCAUUACGCUAGGGUUUCCGUACACCAUUGCGAAUCUAAGGCAGCAGAGCGGGAGAGCGGGCCGGAGAAAUAAAGACUCCUUAUCCGUGUUGGUAGGGGAUUGCUUCCCAGCCGACCAGCAUUAUAUGCAGAAUCCCGAUGAGCUCUUCACCAAGCCUAACUGCGAACUUCAGGUCGACUUGGACAACAUACUCGUCUUAGAGGGCCAUAUACAGUGCGCGGCAUACGAGAUGCCGAUCAACCCCGCCGAAGAUGCUAUCUACUUUUCAAAAGACCUGGCGAAGAUCGCGGAAGAGCGUCUCAUCAAAGAUGAACUCGGUUACUACCAUUGCCAUGACAGGUUUAGGCCGAUGCCCUCUAGAUUUGUGGCGAUUAGGGACACCGAAGAUGAUCACUUCGCGAUAGUUGAUAUAUCUCAUGGGCAGAACGUGGUACUUGAGGAAUUAGAAGCAUCGAGAGCCUUCUUUACUAUCUACGACGGCGCAAUCUUUCUACACCAGGGCAACUCGUACCUGGUGCGCGACUUUCAACCAGACAGAAAAAUCGCCAAGGUGGAAAAAGUCAAGGUGGAAUGGACUACACAGCAAAGAGACUUUACCGACGUGGAUCCUGUGGAAACGGAAGCAAUACGAAAAAUUCCUGGUUCACCCUCACUUGCAUUUCACGGCUCGAUGCGCAUUGUCCAGAACGUCUUCGGCUACUUCAAAGUCGAUAGGAAGCGCCGCAUUCUCGACGCCGUACAGGUCGAUAAUCCUCCCAUCAUCCGGCAUAGCAAAGGCAUGUGGCUCGACGUCCCCAAGCGCGCCCUAGAGGUCCUCGUCUACCGACGGCUUCACGUGGCAGGAGCCAUCCACGCCGCCGAGCACGCUAUCAUAAGCCUGAUGCCCAACUUCGUCAUUAGCCUGCCAGAUGAUGUCCGGACGGAGUGCAAGUCGGGUCUGAAGGAGUUUGCACGGAAAGAAACUUCGCGGAAGAGACCCGCUCGGCUGACGUUCUACGACGCGAAGGGCGGCGCCAACGGGGCUGGCAUCAGCACCAAGGCGUUCGAGUUCAUCGAACUGCUCCUCCUCCAGGCCCUGGAGCGGGUCCAGCACUGCCACUGCCAGACGGGGUGUCCGGAGUGCGUGUGCUCUGAGUUCUGCCAGGAAGCCAACGAGGUCAUGAGCAAGGCCGGGAGCACAGUCAUCAUCAAGGCGCUCCUGAAUAUGGAGAUCGAUGUCGAGGCCCUGCCUAUGGGCCCGGAGGAUAUGGCCCCGGUUGGUAUCGAGACGGUGGUGCUGGCUAAGCCAGUGCCUUCGAGGUUUGAUUUUAAGGAGAUUAAGAUAGAGGAGGAUGAUGAUCAGGGUUGUAUCGUUGUAGAUUAG